AUGACACGUGUUACUUUAUACGAGGCCUGUGAUGUCAUCACUAAUGGUUCAUGUACAUGUAUCAAUGCCCUUCCAACCGACGGACAGUUCUGCCAAGUACUACCUUCUAAAUACGUGAUUGACAUUGAUUUGAGAUUCUUUGACUUGUUCCUGGUGGAUUACUUAAGAAAUCUCGUCAGAAAUAUCAGCCUGCCUUUGACUCUGAGAAACAGCAUUAAUAUCACAGACAUCGAUAUGAAUACUGUGUGUGGGUUAAAUGGAACAGAAUAUGAGUGCCAGUGUGAGCAGGAUCAUGUCUGGCCCAGUGACACCUGCAGAGCCUAUCAGGUGUGUGAUGGCAUUGUGGGAGGCACUUGUGGAUGUAUUCAAGCUCUCCCUUCAGAGGGUCCACUUUGCCUGAAAGACAUCAAUGAAUGUAAAGAUGCAGUAUCAGUGUGUGGUCCAUACUCAGAUUGUAUUAACUUCAUUGGGAGUCACAUGUGUUCAUGCUGGAGUGGAUUUAAUACCUCCAAUAAAGACAGUCCUGUGAGCCGUAACAACUCAUGUCAGGAUAUAAAUGAAUGUCUGUUCAGUUCACCUGUAUGUGGUCCAAAUUCCAUCUGCACAAAUCAGCUGGGAAGUUAUAAUUGUUCAUGUCUGGAUGGGUUCACUGCAACAAACUCACUUCUCCUCAUCAGCAACAAUAACACAUGUAGAGAUGUGAAUGAAUGUCUUCAGACGACGGAGGUCUGUGGUCCAAACUCUCGUUGCACAAACUUAAUUGGGAGUUACAGCUGUUCCUGCUUGACUGGAUAUACAGUAACAAAUAGCAGUGAACUAGUCAGGGCCAGGAACCCAUGCAAUGUGACUCUGCCUUUGACUGAGUAUCUGAUUGAAAUUCAGAUCAAUAGCAUGGACAGCAGAAUGACUGAUCAGCUGAGGAACAUCCUGAUGUAUUUCAGUUUGCCCUACACAAUCAGUGACAGCACUAACAUCACAGAAAUCAACAUAACUACUGUGUGUUCCUGAAUGAAACCCAGUAUCAGUGUAAAUGUGAGGGUCUGUUUGUUUGGCCGAAUGACACGUGUUACUUAUACGAGGCCUGUGAUGUCAUCACUAAUGGUUCAUGUACAUGUAUCAAUGCCCUUCCAACCGACGGACAGUUCUGCCAAGUACUACCUUCUAAAUACGUGAUUGACAUUGAUUUGAGAUUCUUUGACUUGUUCCUGGUGGAUUACUUAAGAAAUCUCGUCAGAAAUAUCAGCCUGCCUUUGACUCUGAGAAACAGCAUUAAUAUCACAGACAUCGAUAUGAAUACUGUGUGUGGGUUAAAUGGAACAGAAUAUGAGUGCCAGUGUGAGCAGGAUCAUGUCUGGCCCAGUGACACCUGCAGAGCCUAUCAGGUGUGUGAUGGCAUUGUGGGAGGCACUUGUGGAUGUAUUCAAGCUCUCC